AUGGGGCAGAGCAACUCGGUGGCGCUCGCGAGCGACACCAUCAGGGGGGAGCAGCAGCGUGCCUACCACACGGCGCGCCAGAAAGUUGUGCACCGCGCGUUCCAGAAGUGCGUCGCCCCCAGCAGCACGAGCACCGGCGAGCUGCAGCUCACCGCGGACGAGCAGACGUGCGUGGAGGAGUUCGCACUUAUGUACGCGUCGUACGCCAAGAAUGGGAUUGCGCAGUUCAGCCAGCUAUACGAGCAGCACCAGAGGGAUAUGUACGAGAAGGCGCGGUUGGAGAUGAUGGCGCAGCAGGCACGCAAGGACCUCAAGCACUGA